AUCCAACCAGUAGACACUCUGGUCGACCAUCACCACUGCGGGUGAAUUCGGAACGAUGAUUGAACAUCAUGUUUCUCUUGCAGAAAGAAGGACAAAUCCAGUUUCCAGGAUUGGAUUACGACACAUGGAAUGCACCCCAUUAACUCCACAAAGCUGAGGCCUCGUAGAAGUUGCCUCCUCCGGGGCUCCGUCUUGGGGUCUUGGGGACUCCAUCAUGGGGACAGUAACGAGGAGUUAGCUUCAACAGACGGACCGAAAUCUUAGGCGUCCAGACGCCGAUAUAGCGGAGAAGAGCACUUGAUAAGAGUUCACACUGCCGCACUUCUAUUUUCGCUCCUUACUCUUUCAUUUCUUUCAUCGUCCUUGAGGAGUCCUCUAAUCCCUCUCGUUGCAACCCUUUAUCCCUAGUUGAACACGAGAAGACGAUCGGUAUGGGUCUCAGAGGAAGAUCCCUCCGGCUGGCACAGCUUUUGCUGAUUGUCAUGCCUGCCUUCGUUCUGUUUGGAUACAACCAGUCUGGCGUUGGUGGACUGUUGUCUUUGAAAGACUGGAAUGCCCACUUUCCCGAGAUCAACGUUGUCGAUGCCGAAGGCGCUGACAGGCGCACCAAGUCUACCAAGCAAGGAGCUGUAGUCGCCACAUUCACUCUUGGAGCUCUGGUCGGAUCUCUUGGAUGCACCUGGAUUGGCGACCCCCUUGGACGACGUAAGGUCAUUUGUCUGGCUGCAGUCCUCACGCUCAUCGGAGAGAUUCUCCAGUGCACCUCUUUCCAGCUCGCUCAAUUCGUCGUUGGGAGAUUCAUCCUCGGCCUUGGAAUCGGAGCGCUCAGCGCGACCGUCCCAGUGUGGCAGUCAGAAUGUUCGUCUGCAGGCAACCGUGGACAGCACGUCGUUUUGGAUGGAUGUUUCACCAGUCUUGGUUAUGCUCUCGAGGCGUGGAUUAACCUUGGAUUCUUUGAAAUCAAGAGCAUCCUUCCUCUCCAAUGGCGCGUCCCUCUGGCAAUUCCUUGCCUAAUCUCCAUGGUGGUUAUCGCUGCAGUUUGGACCAUCCCCGAAUCCCCAAGAUGGCUAGUGAACAAGGGCCGUGUCGAAGAGGCUCGAGCUAGCUUGUCAGCAUUCAAAGAUCGACCUUUGGAUGAUCCAGAAAUCUCUGCCGAGUUGAGCGGUAUCGAGCUUGCUCUGGAGGAGACUGGAAGGAGCGCCGCCAAAUUGUCAGACAUCUUCACCAUGGGCAAAGACAAACUUUUCUACCGGUUCUCCUUGUGCAUCUUCCUGCAGUUUUUGCAGCAGAUGUGUGGAAGCAACUUGAUUUCUACCUAUUCCACAAUCAUCUUCCAACAAGGACUUCAAAUGAACGCCGAGAUGUCGCGCAUUCUAAGCGGCGGUGCUCUGACUUGGAAGUUCCUGUCCGCAUUCGUGGCUUUUUUCACAAUCGACAGAUUUGGUCGCCGCAAGUUGUUCAUUUUUAGCGGUUUCGGAAUGGCUGGAUGCAUGUUGGCACUUGCCGUUGCGUCAAGCUACCCCAAGUCCAACCACGCCGCCCAGAUUGCUUCUGCUUUCUUCGUGUUCUUGUUCAAUUUCUUCGUCCCUAUUGGAUUUCUCGGAGCCAACUUCCUCUACUGCACUGAGGUCGCCCCUAUCCGACUACGCGUGCCUAUGGCAGGUAUCUCGACUGCAAAUCACUGGCUCUGGAACUUUGUUGUUAACAUGGCCACUCCUGUUGCCAUUGAUACUAUCGGAUGGAAGUACUACCUCGUGUUCCUCAUUUUGUCAGCAACCAUCAUUCCGGUCGUCUACCUAUUCUUCCCCGAAACCAUGGGUCGUAGCCUAGAGGAGCUCGAGAUGAUGUUUACGGAGGGCGAAACUAUCUUCGACGUUGUCAGAGAAUCAAAGAAGCCGCUCACGGGAUCCCUCUUCACCGAACACAUGAUGGAAAAAGGGUCGAAAUUGGAGAAGGACGAGUUCAACGACGAUAUCUAAUGGCUUUAUGUGAACGAAAUUUUCUUUGGCAAUCGUUUCUGUGGGUGACGAGAAUUCGGUAACCACAUUUUAGAAUCUAUAGAACGACUAAAGUUACGACGUUUUUAUCGGAACAUACUCAUGCUUUCACUGUGUGACGAAUGAAGAUGAAAAUGUGAUGGGAUGGUUGGUGGAAAAUACAAUGUGGCC